AUGGUAGCAUCUGCGUCAGAGCAAUGUCGGACCUGCAUCACGACCCUCAAGACCAUUGUCUCAACCCUCUCCAAUCCUGACAGGCAGAAGGGCCGAGUCCACCAUGAGCAGAUCAACGAUGAGCUGGAGAGGUUCAGCCUAUGGAUGGGCAACAUAGGAGCCCUACAUCUUCCAGAGUCUUCUAUGUCUCUCGAGUCGCGUCUUCGCGAGGCCAACGAUGUUCUGACCCAUAUUCUGGAAUUGCUAGAUGAUCUGAACGAGGUCGCCGGAGAGCUCUUGAGGAUCGUCUCCGGAGAGCGCGAAGGAGAGAUAGCUUCUGUACCUCAUGAUGAUGGCAAGGAAGAAGACCAAAACGAAGAAACGGAACUUCUCAGGGAAUUUGGGGCCUGUAUCACACGUCUCUUCAGAGUAUCCAGCCUCAUCCGCCAGGCUGCACCUACGGAUCUCUUCGCUAAAGCCCUUAGCCGGAAUCGAUAUCGAUUCAAUGACCAGUUCGACAUCGCUCAUGUGGGUGAGAAGUACCCGAAACUCACUACGGGGGAACUUGCGUGGCUCCAGAAGCGGCUCGGUCAUGCCAUCACCCAACGCCGACACUACCUGAGCUACAUCCGAGACCACCACGAGGAGCUUGAAGGCAAGCGCACUCAUGAACAGACACCUGGGCCUGUAGUACCCAAAUCACAAGCUCCCAUUAAGCAGCUUCCAGCCAUGAAAGUACUACCAGACUCUUCCAGCCGGCCAUCCACGUUCUUCACGAAAGCUUCGAGUCUGACACCGGGCCAAAUCACACCUCAGAUGCUCGCUACGGAAGAAGAAUCAGACCCCGAGAACGAUGCAAGGUCAUACACGACCAUAUCUCGUUCUAUCGAUGGUGAUCUUGAUCCCUCGGCCACUGUCAGAAUUCCGAACCUCGACGAGCUGCGAACGGGAUCUAAGAAAGAAGUGGAAUGCCCGUUCUGCUUUCGAAUGAAGAAGUUCAAGAACGAACGAGUGUGGCGACGACAUGUUUUCUCUGACCUCCGCUCCUACGUUUGCACAUUUCAGAACUGCGACGCCCCGUACUUCGGCGAUAUCAACGAAUGGUUUAGUCACGAGAUGCGGAGCCACCGCGUCAGCUACAUCUGCCGGCUCUGCCAGAACAAGGCCUUCCAGAUCAGAGAGCGGUACCUUGCCCAUGUUCGCAAACAACAUCCCAACAUGCUGGAAGAUGGCGAAGAGCAACUCGUACUUGAUAUUGCCCGAAAGCCACUUGAUCAGAUACCUGCUCAGGAAUGCCCAUGCUGCUCGGGAUGGAUUGACCGUCUCAGGGAGCGGGCAGCAGCCGCCGGUAUACCUUCUGACGCCUCCGAUCACAUCCUCAGUGUCGUCCCAACCGUCUUCAAACGCCACCUCGCUUCUCACUUGGAGCAAUUGGCGUUGUUUGCAAUCUCUAUUGGGUCAGCUGCUGAGGGUUGCGUCAAUUCAAAUGCCGCCAUCGAAGAGGAUGUGCGUCCAUUUUCGGGGGGUUCGGAUAUCUCAACCCUCGCCUUCGACAGUUCCAGGCCAUCAUCUCCAGCGACUACCGGGCAGUUAUCUGAUGACGUCCCAAUCCCAGAGGGGUUGGUCGCGGCUCCUGCCGUCGUGCAACGAAAGGUCCAACGUCUACUAGACAAGAUGACGCCGGAUAAAUUCGAACGAAUCGCCGAUCAGAUUCUUGAAAUUGCUGCCCAGUCGAAGAACGAAACAGACGGUCGCACUCUUCGACAAGUCGUCCAAUUGAUCAUGGAAAACGUGACUGAUGAAGCUUAUUGGGCUUCAACCUAUGCAUUGAUCUGUGAACGGAUGCUGAAGUUUAUAAGUCCUGACAUCAAGGACGAAAAUAUUAAGGACAAAUACGGAAACGUCGUGACAGGUGGUGCUUUAUUCCGCAAAUAUCUUCUUGGCCGCUGUCAGGAAGAGUUUCAACGUGGCUGGAAGGUCAAUAUGCCGCCCACGCCGGAAGGGCAGACGGAAGAGGCAGCCCUGAUGUCAGAGGAGUGUCAUAUUGCUCUUGUUACUAAGCGACGAGGUCUAGGUCUUGUUAAAUUCAUCGGCGAGCUCUACAAAGUCGGCAUGUUAACUGAGCGUAUUAUACAUGAGUGUAUUAAGGAAUUGCUCAACCUGGAUGAAAGUGGCCUUAAUGAAUCAAAAGUGGAGAGUUUGAUCACUCUUUUGAACACAGUGGGUCUGAACUUAGAACAGUCCGGACGAAGUCCGGCAUUGAUGAAUAUAUAUUUCGAACGUAUUACGUCGAUUAUGAACCAUCCAGACUUGCCAAGUCGACUCAAGUCCAAACUCCUAGACGUCAUUAACCUUCGAAAGCACGGUUGGCAAUUCAAGGAUGAUGACAAGGGUCCCAAAACCUUUACAGAAACGCACGCGGAUGUUCAGCGUAAACAACAAGCCGAGCUCGAACGUUUACGACACCAAGCCAGCAAUAGAAGCGGUGGUGGUCGACUGGCGAUCGGUCGUCCUCCGAUCUACUCGUAUAAAAAUGUUGGCACCAACGAUCUCUGA